AUGGAGGUGACACCACAUGCAGCAACGGUCAGAGRUGUGCACCACACUGUGAACGACACACUUUGGUCUCGUAAAUGUCCGUGUAAGAAGAAGAGCCAUAAAACCAGCACAGACGGUUACACGGUUAACGUGUCCUACUCACCCGUCAACAUCACUGUCGCUGCCAGAAACUCAGCGGGGGAGUCACCUCGGGCGAUCAUACAAGUGCCAUCUGCAUCUGCAGCAGAUUUAAAAAUGUGUGACAAAACGUUGCUGGGUGAAAUACUAAAGACGGGAACUUGCCUUGAGUUUUACGAGCUUCAAGACGUAGAUCUAAAGCCAGAGAGUUUGGUGACAAUAACAACAAGGAAACAAAUAAAAGAAAAAGAAAGUAUAGACAACAUGAAGGAUUUCACACGUUACCUUUACUUUGAACACAGAUGUGUUAAUGGAAAACCACAGACGGUUCAAAUGUGCCUCUAUUAUAAGAAAGAAGGUGUGCCAAACAAAGAACCAAAGGACUUCAUUGUUGUUCCUGAAAUGCACAACUCUGCUUCCCUGUCCUGGAAAGGGAUUUCACCCGAGCACCAGCGAGGCUUCCUCACACACUACACCCUGUGCAGCGUGAAAGUUAAUCCACAGGAUGGGGAAAAAGGCACAAAAGAGUGCUUCAACAUAUCUCCAUCGGCAACGAGACACCACCUGAAAGAUCUGAUGCCAGAAACAAAAUACAGCUUCAGUCUGGCUGGAGUGACCCAAGCAGGAGAAGGGCUUUUUGCCACACAAACCAUCACCACAUUACCAGAGAAACCCUUAAAUGUGUGGCUGAGCUUUGGAUUGCUUUUUGCGUUCUUCUUAUUCACAAUAUUUUGCACAGUUGUCUUGAAGAAAAUCAAAAGUAAGAUCUAUCCUCCUGUGCCAAUGCCUGUGAUACCGGAUUUUACCCCCCGUCAGCCAGAGAGCGAGUUCCACCCCGCCCACUCACACCUGAACCUCCGCUCUGAGCAGCUGUUKCUUGUUCUGGUUUGUUGA